UUCCUUAAUAGUUUUUCUUUCUCAUCAGAUAGGGAUUUUCUAAAGAGCUACUGGAGUGCACUGCAAAUAUAUUUUAUGUCUGUCAGUUGGUCUUUCUCUAAAAAUCUUUGGCGUAUUUGAAAUUCAGUGUUCCACUGAAUUACCUGGGCAGUUUCCAGCAAUUGGUAUCAGAGGUUUGAAUGCCAGCAGAAAAAAAUAGAGGGAGGAUCACUUACUCAGGAUUAAAAGGGGACAACAGUAACUGAUUUUAAAACAGGCUUCUGUAUUUCUGUCAAGAUUUACAGUAGACAACAGUAAUCUUGUAUCCUUAGACUGUACAGCCUACAAAAUGCUGUUUAUUGAAUUACAGUAACAUUAGGAAGACUCAGUGUUAUUUUGUUAGCAAAGAAAAUACAGAAUGCUUGCUUUUCUGUGAAAUUGAUAUUUUAGAAGGAAUUGUGUUUAAUUCUCUGUGCUGGGCCAUGUACUAUCAUUUGUUUUUCAUGCACCGAUUGUUUGUAGGUUGUGAUGCUGAAUAAGAAAAAAAAUCAAACAUCCAAAAACAAUCACAAACAUGACUGAAGGACAAAUGUGCCUUGAGUCGGGAGGAAGAUAGACAGCAGUAGUCCUCUCACUUCAGUAGCAGUUUGGUUUUUGAAUUCAGUACACAACUCAGACCUCGGCCUUUGGGGACAUGUUAAUUGCCGUGUAUCUGUUAGAGUCAAUACCAGCUACCGAGAUGAGGUAAAGCCUCUGAAGAAGCUGUGUUAGUUGAGGCAAUGGGUGGCCCUUCCUGCCUGAACCGUGAGAGAUAUAUGUGCUGGUGCGGGCAAAAUCCAGCUGCUGGAAUAUGCCUCUGGUGAACCAAAUACAUGUUCUUCACACCAUACUGUGCAUCUCCAUGUAGGUCUACACACUCAAGGUGGAAUAAAAAUUGGGCAAAUCUGCACUGAUUUGUUCUAAUGCAUAGAGAAAAUAUGAAUUCAUUCAUCAGUUGUUGCUUUCCUGAAAUAAUAUUUUUUUCCCCAUAUUUUUUCCCCCGGCAGUUCGAGUUAAUUCAAUAGCAAAAUAAAAUACACUGCAUCGGAUAUAAAAAUGACACAAAACUGGAUCGCCUUUUUGCUGUUCUUCCUCUCAGUUACUUUGUUAUUUGCCACCGCUAUUCCAUCUGAAGGCCAUCAGAAUAUGACAGAGGACUCUGGUCAACUGAGCGUUACACGGAAUAAGAUCAUGACGGCGCAGUAUGAAUGCUACCAGAAAAUUAUGCAAGAUCCUGUUCAUAGGAAAGAAGGUCCUUACUGUAACAGGACAUGGGACGGCUGGUUGUGCUGGAGCGAUGUUGCCGCAGGAACUGUAUCGGUACAGCAUUGUCCCGACUACUUCCAAGAUUUCAAUCCAUCAGAAAAAGUUACAAAGAUCUGCGAUUCAAGCGGGAACUGGUUUAGACACCCAGAAAGCAACAGGACGUGGACGAACUACACCCAGUGUAAUAUCUAUACGCGUGAAAAAGUGAAGACUGCUCUGAAUUUAUAUUAUUUGGCCAUCAUAGGACACGGUCUUUCAAUCGCCUCACUUCUGAUUUCUCUUGGCAUAUUCUUUUACUUUAAGAGCUUGAGUUGCCAAAGGAUUACCCUACAUAAAAAUCUCUUUUUCUCUUUUGUUUGCAACUCUGUCGUAACAAUAAUUUCACUGACCGCAAUUGCCAACAAUCAGGAGUUAGUUGCAGCUAAUCCAGUUAGCUGCAAAGUGUCAACGUUUAUCUACCUGUACCUAAUGGGUUGCAACUACUUCUGGAUGCUGUGCGAAGGCAUUUACCUGCACACCCUUAUCGUGGUGGCUGUUUUUGCUGAGAAACAGCACUUGAUGUGGUAUUAUCUUCUCGGCUGGGGUUUUCCACUGAUCCCCGCUUGCAUACACGCCGUCGCUAGAAGCUUGUAUUAUAAUGACAACUGUUGGAUUAGCUCUGAUACUCAUCUUCUCUACAUCAUCCACGGCCCUAUUUGUGCCGCUCUAUUGGUGAAUCUUUUCUUCUUGUUAAAUAUCGUCCGUGUGCUCAUAACCAAGCUGAAAGACACCCACAAGGCAGAAUCCAACCUAUACAUGAAAGCGGUGCGAGCCACCCUCAUUCUGGUUCCCCUGCUCGGCAUCGAAUUUGUGCUGUUUCCGUGGCGACCGGAAGGUCGAAUCACAGAAGAAGUCUAUGACUACGUGGUGCACAUCCUUAUGCAUUACCAGGGUCUACUGGUAGCAACAAUUUUCUGCUUCUUCAACGGAGAGGUCCAAGCUGUUUUGCGCAGACACUGGAAUCAGUACAAAAUCCAGUUCGAGCACAGCUUCAGCCACUCGGACGCUAUGCGCACAGUUUCCUAUACGGUAUCGACGAUCAGCGAUGUUCCGGGCUACAGCUACAAUCACGACUGCACCAGCGAACAUUUAAACGGCAAGGGCUACCACGAUGUGGAGAGCAUCGUUUUAAAAUCUGAGAAGUUAUACGGUUGACCAAUAAGACAAUCUCGAUGACAGCGUUCCCCAUCACAUUUGAUGAACUCUAAGUGCGAUUUGAUGACUUAACGGCCAGAAGAUUCUAACUCGGGGGAACUUUGUUCUCCCAAACAAUGCAAACUAAACCAACAGGUUUUGAUAUGUAUAUAUAUAAAGUGUUUGUGUGUGUCUACUGAUACAGUACGGUCAUCCGUACAUCUAUCUACUUACUUAGCUAUAUAUCUAUGCGCAUUAAAGUAAGCAUACAAACGUUGCCCCUUCAGUUUCUACUAUGUAGACAAAGUUGGUAAUUUUUUGUACAAAUGGAGUCAAGGAAGGAAGGAAUUCAUAUUUUUUUGGAAGUCUCUAUCGAGACCAGGUCGUUCUGAAGCCACUUACUUUUCUGUUUUGUUCACUUACGGAAACGUAGGGUGUAAAUACUGUACUGCGUCGUCUUAAUCAGACCCCUACCGAAUGAAGGAAAUUUGUUCAAAUGGGUGCAAUAGUUACAGCAGAACGUCCAGGUUCACGUGAUGUCUGGCAUUCGAUAGUCCAACAAAGAAACAGCAACAGGUAGAUUAAGAUAAUUGACUCAAGAUGCUUUCGCUGAGCCUGUUCGGUGUCACAAAUAAUUUUAAGGAAGCAUCGGAGACACUAGUAGAAGUCUAAGGUUCUCUGUUACUUGCAUAUUACAGUGUAACAGGUUACAGCGGGCCUUCAGCAGUCAUAUUUAAACUGUUUUUGCAUACGCAGGAGCAUCUCCUCCUCCUCAACGUCACAAACGAAGAUGAGAUUGGUGAACGGAGAUAAGAUCAGUGUUAACGAAAAGUAAAGGGUAGUACAGAAACAGUAGUAACCGGAACACCUCAAAAUCCAUCCGAGCAUUAAUUCAAACCAAUGGAACUCAACUGUGCGCUUAAACACUUUAUUCGGGUGGGAAAAAUCACAUGCAGAUUUAGUUGUAGCCACGUUGUUUGUUUCGUUGUUGUUUUUUGUUUUUUUUUUAAGUAUCUUCUCAGCCAAUACGUUUUAUUCCUUAGUUUUGUGGGGCUGCACUUCCAUUAAGUUUGCGACUCGUUCGGUCACUGAAAAGCAGACCAAAUUGAGCACAGUGCCAACAAUUAGCUACCUGUGAGAUAGAUUAAGAAAACGCUAAGGUUUAAGGAUUGUAAUGUUACUUGAGAGCUGCUCAAUUCCAUACGGUUUUUUCGAAGGAAGUUGUUGCUUUCUGUCAUAGCCGCUUUUAAAGGUCUCGCUGGAAAACGGGAAGUUUGUGGAGAAGGUAUCGGAAAAAUGUCUAGUAAACUGCAUUUGCACAUCUUAAUACUUAAAAGAAAUACUAGUUAAAUUAAAAGUAAAAAAACGAUCAAGUCUAAGAUGUGAAUUUGCGUAAGCCUUACGCAAGGUUAAAUGGUUUUAUAGGUUUAUAUUGCAGAAAAGUCUACUCAAAAGACAGGGCACAAAAACGGAAGAGAGAUUAGCGAAGUUGAUCAACAAUUAUAAAGGUCACGUGCAUCAGGUAAGCAGUUCCGAAGAACUGAAAGGCUGUUUAUCGCAAAACCACUGUAGUUCUAAGUACUUCAUUCUGUGUAUGAAGAAGUUGAACCUAAACAAUUGUUUGGGUAGCAUUUGUGUAAGCUUCCGUAGCAUAGAAGUAAUUCGUUACCUUAGUAUUUAUUGUCUUGUAACUUCAAAAGGCCUGACACGCUUUGUAUUUAGUAUGAUAAUGUUAGGAGGACGCAGUAAAUUUACGCCACUUGCACCUUGCACUGUCUCAUGUAUUUUUUAAACACUUUUGUUUAGAGUAUGAGCGCAGAGUUGCGUUCAUUGUGUAGUUUAGUGAUGUCAAAUGUGGCUAAGAUUUUAAAAUCUAGAUUUCUGUUCAUCUGCGAGGCUACCAACUCGAGCGAUGAAACUGACAGAAAGAUCAGGUGGGUGCCACAGAAGAAUAGUGUGAAAUCUGGCAUUUACGUAUCACAGCAUUUGAUGAUGUUUAGGAGUUGGGUAUGUUUUUUCUUUGUUUGUUUUUUAUUUGUUUUUAAGUAAUUAGGGAAGGAACUAAAUAAGUAAGUGUUACUUAAAAGUCUUUGCAACAUUCUGAAAAAUUAUUAGAGCAGGAGACUCCUGCUCUAGCAUAGCAGCUUUGCACGCCCAGGGAAAUGUAUCAUCCAAGUCACCAGUAUAAAUCCUGGAGAUCUGAGUUAAGUAUCGGCGGGUACUAGCUGAGAAUCAAAGCCUGUGCACACACUCAUCUAUCAGCAGGUGCUUUGCCACCCAGUAAGGCAUAUCAUAGGAAAAUUAUUUAAAUGGUAUCCGCCUGGUCAUUGCAAUCGAGACAGGUAACAUCUGAGAAUCCAAAAUGAGAUGAGGUUUGGAAUUCAGUUUGCUUCUCGGCUAGGUUAUUAAAAUUAAAUUUUCUAACCUGCAAAUAUGUGUUUUGUUAUACAAAGCACAGCACGCUCAUAGCUGCUGACCUCUGUUACUUUGAGUGUCCUUGUGCCCUUGUGUGUGCCCCUUAGUGUAAGUGUGCUCCUGAGUGUUUUCGUGCUCCUUAAUUUUACCAAGUGUGUCCCUGAGUGUGAGUGUGCCCAACUGUGUUUGUGUGUGAGUGGGCCCAUGAGUGUGCCCCUGAUUGCGAGUGUGCCCGAGUGUGAGUAGGCCCAUGAGUGUGCCCCUGUGUCCAAGUGCUCCCGAGUGUGAUUGUGCCCCUGAGUGUGUGCAUGCCCCUGCUAGUGUUUAAAUAAAAGUGCCAGAUCACUCUACCUGACCUAGGCAAAGCAUACCACUUACCUGUUCAGGCAGUUAACAGUUUAUCCUUUUCUUAAUAUUUUGGCUUUUAAACAGCAUCACAGACACAACUCAACAAAACACCCUUAAAGCAUUUGAUACGUUAUUUUGAGUAAUGAAUAGCACGUUACUUCUCCUUUAUGACAGCCUUGCCUUUUUAUUUAAGUAACGGCUUCUGUACUGAGAAUCAGAGACCUCCAGUAACAAAUGUAUGUCACCUGCUUUUUGCUGUCUUUUCUGUUAUCCGUGAAAACUGAAUUUGGAAAAAAUAAAAGACCAGUUGGCUUCUC